UCAGCUCGGCUCGCAGGUUUCCCCGCGCGCACCCGGGCUGCGCCCCCGCCCUCCGGAGCCACAGCGGCAGCGGCAGCGGCAGCGGGCAAGCCCCUCCCUCCAUCCCCCAUCAGAGAGACCACAUGGGCCCGGGGACCAUCUGCCCGUGCAGGGGCCCCCUGCCUCGCCUCCAGGCAUGGACCUGGGUCGAGCCCGUGGUGGCCUCCACCCAGAUGGCCACCUCUCUCUACGACGCGGGGCUGCUCCUCGUGGUGAAGGCGUCCUUCGGAGUGGGGGUCUUGUCCAACCACAGCGCCAGCCCAUCGCCCCAGGGGACCCUAGAGAACCAACAGCAGAGAGCCAUCUCCAACUUCUACAUCAUCUACAACCUUGUGAUGGGCCUGACACCCCUGCUGUCGGCCUAUGGGCUGGGCUGGCUCAGCGACCGCUACCACCGCAAGAUCUCCAUCUGCAUGCCUCUGCUGGGCUUCAUGCUCUCCCGCCUCGCGCUGCUGCUCAAGGUGCUGCUGGACUGGCCCGUGGAGAUGCUAUACGGGGCGGCGGCGCUGAACGGGCUGUGUGGUGGCUUCUCGGCGUUCUGGUCGGGGGUCAUGGCCCUGGGAUCCCUCGGCUCCUCGGAGGGCCGCCGCUCCCUGCGCCUCAUCGUGAUUGACUUGAUCCUGGGCUUGGCGGGAUUCUGCGGGAGCAUGAUCUCUGGGCACCUCUUCAAGCAGAUAGUCGGGCACUCCAGCGAGGGCCUGGUGCUGACCGCCUUCAGCGUGAGCUGUGCCACCUGUGCCCUUUUCUACAGCCUCUUGGUGCUGAAGGUCCCUGAGUCCAAGGCCAAGCCCAGCAAGGCUGUGGAUACGGUGUCUGGCACAGUCGGCACCUAUAACGCCCUGGAUCCUGAUCCAACAGACAUGCAGAGUGUGGUGAGGCACCCUUCAUCUCCUGCAAAAGCAAAGCCCGAGAAAACCAUUAUUGCCCUGCUCUUUGUGGGUGCCAUCGUAUAUGACCUGGCAGUGGUGGGCACAGUGGACAUGAUACCCCUUUUUGUGCUGAGGGAGCCUCUGAGUUGGAACCAAGUGCAGGUGGGCUAUGGUAUGGCUUCAGGGUACACCAUCUUCAUCACCAGCUUCCUGGGCGUCCUGGUCUUCUCCCGCUACUUCCAGGACACCACCAUGAUCAUGAUUGGAAUGGCCUCCUUUGCGUCUGGAGCCCUUCUCUUGGCUUUUGUAAAAGAGACAUACAUGUUCUACAUUGCUCGGGCCGUCAUGCUGUUCGCUCUCAUCCCCAUCACAACCAUCCGAUCGGCAAUGUCCAAACUCAUCAAGGGCUCCUCUUAUGGAAAGGUGUUUGUCAUCCUGCAGCUGUCCCUGGCUCUGACCGGGGUGGUGACAUCCACGGUGUACAACAAGAUCUAUCAGCUCACCAUGGAGAAGUUCGUUGGCACCUGCUUUGCACUCUCCUCCUUUCUCUCCUUCCUGGCCAUCAUCCCGAUUGGCAUCGUGGCCUAUAAGCAAGCCUCAUGGUUGCAGCAUGGAGACAUUGCAGAGAAAGGAAGGUGCUGAUCUGCGGGAGCCAGAAACACCAGCAAUGGCUGGGGCCCUCUGAAGACCAAGGAAGGGAACAGAAACUGGAACCAAAGUAACCCAUUGCUCAAGAAACCCGAGUUCCAGCCAGAGUCAGCCUCAGAGUGACUUGCUCUGGCUCAAGGGUCCCUGCUGGGUAGGGAAAAGCAUUUCCCCUGAUGGAGUAACUUUCUCAGCUUUCAGACAUCACUAUCAGUCAGAGGUUAGGUUCUGCAGACAGUAGAGUGUGAACUUUCAAGGGUGAUAUGAAGGCCACACACACAGCCAUACCAGACACUGAAGCCCCUUUUCUUCACUGAAGCCCCAGGAACGGAAGGGCUUCAGUGUCUGGUAUGAGGGCUCCAACAUAUGGUGACUAGUCACCCAGGAGUCCUGCGUGAGAACUCAAAGGCACACAUUUUCAACAGCCUGAGGGGAAUAGGGAAGGGAUGUUUUGUAAGAACUGCCAACAGUGAACGUCAGUCAAUAUUUUUUAAAUUAAAAUAGAAACUUGAAAAAAAGUUAGUUUUCUUCCCGGAGGCCUUGUUAGCUGUGAACAACUCCAGAGAAAUCUGGAGCUCAGGCAUUUGACUUCAGGGUAGUUUUGCUGUUACUGUUGUUUUUAAGAAGCAAAUAUCAAAAGGCUUUCUUCAAAGGAAUAUAAUUGGAUACUUUCAGUCAACAGUAUUUCCCAAAGUGAGAGGUGUAAAGGGAGAGGGGUGAUAUACUAAGAGCCAUUUUAUUUUGAGGUACUUAUUUUUAUAGCCUAUUUUAAUUAUGUGUAUAAAAGACUCACCUCCUAAUAAAAUCAACAUUCACAGCAUGAGUGUGUGAAUCAUUCUUUCUUUGGUCAGUUUCCCACUGGAACUCAG